AUGGCCAACGGACCUCCUACUCCUCCACCUACCACCGAUAUCGAAAUACAGGACGCUGCGCGUGAGGAGGCGUCAGCAAAUGCCAAUGCCAAUGAACAAACAGCGAGCUCCUCGACCGAGACCGCCCCAGAACCUGCCCAACAGCAGCAAGCGCCAUCACGCCCACCACCUCCUCAGGAUGUCUUCCAACAGGCAUUCCAGAAGAUAGCGUCCCUAGCGUCAGCGAAGCAGUGGCAGGAACUUAUCUCUGUUGCAGAAAAUGCUGAUGUGUGGGGAGAUGACGAGAGCCCUGUGUCAAGACUGCUCGUCGUCGCGCCCCUUGCUCUGGGGUAUCUGAUAAUUGAUGACCUACCAGCGGCUCGCUUCGCGUUAACGCGCAUACAUCCACGGCUCCAGAAGCUUCCGAUAUCUAUCGCUUUAGCAGUACUUUUAGAAUCCUCUAUGGAGAGGAAGCAUGGAGAAGUAUAUGCGCGCGCUGAAGCACUGUACAACAUGACGAAAGAUACAGCCAACACACCGGAUCCACAGUUUCCUGGCGUGCUUUCAGAGAUGGUGCAGGCGUUUACUGAAUCCUUCCGGGAGAGAACAUUCAGGUUGCUGUCGAAGGCGUACACUGCUUUACCACUGGCGCUCGCUCAGACAUAUCUGGGCUUGACUUCGGAUCGUCUUCUUGCAGCUGCCGAAAGUAAUCACUGGAGGUACGAUGCUUCAACACAAGUUCUAAGUCCGACCGCCCCGACUGCUCCCAUGGAUGUUUCUUUGCCCGCAUCUUCGUCUUUGGCUGCAUUUGGUUUCAUCGCAGACAGCGUCGCUCAAGUGGAGAUCAUGUAA